ACGGCAGUGUAUCACUGCGCCUCCUGUGCCUAGCAGUGAGGUAGUGCCAAAUGUUGGGAUCAUUCCGAAACUGCAUCCAAACCAUGAAGUACCUACUCGUUGUCGUCUCAAUUUUGUGCGCCGCCUCGGCCGUCAAGGCUGCAAGCUAUAAGGUCACCGAUCAAGUUUACUUCGAUAUCAUGAUCGAUGAUUAUCCUGCAGGUCGAAUAGUCGUAGGUCUUUUUGGAGAAUUAGCCCCAAAAACUGUGAAAAAUUUCAUUACGCUAGCUACGACCGGAAUUAAUGGAAGGACUUAUGCUGGUUCCAAAUUUCACCGAGUCAUCAAGAAAUUUAUGAUUCAAGGUGGUGACCUUGAAAAGGGAGAUGGCAGUGGAUCAAUAAGCAUUUAUGGAAAGUACUUUGACGAUGAGACUUUCGAGGUGAAACACACUGGUGCAGGAUUUAUUAGCAUGGCAAAUGCUGGAAAAAAUACUAAUGGUUGCCAAUUUUUCAUCACGACCAUUGCAACACCGUGGUUAGAUGGACAGCACACAGCUUUUGGAAAGGUGGUGGAAGGUAUAGACGUAGUUUUCAAAAUCGAACAAACAAAAACAGAUUCCGAUGACAAGCCAGUCAGCCCGGUGGUUAUUCUCGAAAGCGGAACCAUCAAAACGAAAUCGCCUUUCUACAUUUCAGACGAUCCUUACGACAUGUGGGCCUGGAUCAAAGCAACGGCAAUACCACUCAGUUUCAGUUUCACAAUUUUGGGAUUUUUCCAAUGGAUGAUCAGAAAACUCGACGCUUGUGAUCAGAUAGACUACGGAAAAUUUGAUUGAUAAGGACAUUCUUUUAUAAUUAUUUGAGUUUAUGUUUCAUGGUCUAAAAUGCCUUAAAUUUUCGACUAAAUGCCUUUUUUAUG